CCCUCCUAAACCAUAGUUUGAACUUUCAGCUUAUUUUAAGCUGAUUACACCACAAACAGCUAUGAAUCCAAGGGCAAAGGCCUCUCUUGCAAUCUCCCUCUUGCUAUUCAUGAUGCUCAUAUCUGCAGGAAUGAUUGAGGCCUCAGGCAUUGGGACAAUCCCUCUCCACUCGCUUCACAAGGUGGGAUGUGUGAUCAGGGCAAAUUCAAGAAAGCUUCUUGGAUUGGACGCGGUGUUAGAUUAUGACUAUGCCGGCCCCAACCCGAAGCACGACCCGAGGGGGAGGAGAGGAGGAGGUGGCAGCAGAAAUCCAUGAUUCUAUUAUUAUUUUAUAGCAUUCUAUGAGUUAUAUACUUUUUGGACUACAUAUGUUAAUCUUAUAGUAGUUUAUUACUAUGAGUUUUCUAUCAAUAACGUUACAAUUAUCUAUGUUGCUAAUGUUGUAUUAAAAGCCCUGGCGGUUCAGAUGCUCUUAUGUUGUCAACUUUCUGCUACUGCUUACUCUAUCA